CCAUAAAGGACACGCGUCCACAUCCAUGAUGAAGAGUAGAGAUUUCCAUUGAAAAUCCUCCAGAGUAUAUAAAAAUAUCCAAUUUGCCUCUGUCUCUGCGCAGAGCGAUAUCUCUUUCUUCCAUUCUCUCUUAAAAGUUUGUCCAAGGAAAGAAAAGAAAAAGAAAUCUUCCAUUCCAGAAAAAGAUCUCUUCUUACUGAAAGUAUCAGCAAAACAACACAAGAAGCUAUGAGUUAUUACAAUCAGCAACAGCCUCCUGUUGGUGUUCCUCCUCCUCAAGGUUAUCCACCAGAAGGAUAUCCCAAGGAUGCUUAUCCACCACCGGGUUAUCCCCCACAAGGAUACCCCCAGGGUUAUCCUCAGCAGGGAUAUCCUCCUCCGUACGCUCCACAGUAUGCUCAGGCUCCUCCUCCUCAGCAAAAGCAAAGUUCUGGUUUCUUAGAAGGCUGUUUGGCCGCCCUUUGCUGUUGCUGCCUGCUGGAUGCCUGCUUCUGACCGUACCUAACUUUGCAGCUCAUUGAACGUUGAAUCCAACGGGACGUGUUCAAAAUUUAAACCCUCAUUCCCAAUUUGAAGAAAUGUUCUCCUUGUCGCCUGUUAAACUUUUUUUUACUUGUUUUUACCCUCUCGCUUGUUUAUUUUCUUUAAUAAUUUGAACCUUUUGUUUGGAAUUGAACUCUUGGACAGCUAUUAUCUUUUGAACUUUGGAGGUUUUUGAGCUUU